AUGGACCAUCGUUCAGGGACAGCUCAGGUGAAUGCAGUGGCCUUUCUGGGAAUCCUGGACCAUGCUAUCAUCCAGCCCCUGAUCCAAUCAGGGAGACGCGCCGUUGGUCUAGUGACGCCCGGACAGAAGAGGCUUCCUUCCAUCGAGAGAAUCCCGCCGUACCAAGUAAAGAUACAACGCCGCAAACCAAAACCCAAACGCAAACCCGGUAAAAUGCUCAAAUCUCCACAAAGUGGCGGCUCGGAUAUCCUGGACACGCUCUCCAUGCUCUCCCUCCCUCGCUCCCUGUGGUCACACAUUCCCGCGCAGCCACUCGAAACUCUUCGGAGCCCUGCUCCGGUCGAUCAUGUGCUCCCACGGAACAGGGGCCCGGGUCUUUUUGUUGGCGCAGCGAGCGCAUUCGUCUUCUGUGAAGUCGGUGUAUGCGAUGCGGACGGUGCAGCGGCGAUGCGUGUGCCCGUACGCCGGGCACCAGGCCGCUGCACCGAUGAGGUAGUGCCCGCAUCCGUAGUCCCGGCGGUACCACUCACACAUUGCGAUGUCGGGAUGUUGGAAAGGGCGGCGGGUGCGGCAGCAGAGGAGAGGGGCGUCCCCAUUGCACUACCAAAAUCUUCUUCCGGGCCAAGGCUCGUGGAAGCCUCGUGCUGUGUGAACGACGAGGCUUACCAGGUCGCCCUGGGGGAAGCCUGGACAUCCAUCCGCACGUUCACCACGGCAUCGAAGGGUCGAAACAAAACAUAUCAAGGUUCGAACCAAGACUGGGCUAGCCCGUCUCUCUGGGCACAUUUCCAUGAAUUUCCUGGAUCUGGUCCUGCGGGGGAGAUGUCAAUGCAAGCAUGGGAAUCUGAGAAAGACAAGCGGGACACAGAACAGACAGCCCAGCGCAUCGAUGUCAACGACGAACUUAAUUUCGCGGCAAAGACAGCCAGAUUGCUGUCGGUGCCUGACCUUGGCUUUUGGCCUUGGCUGAAGCUAUUCGUCGUGCCCAACAUCAAUUCCGCACAGCACAGUCAGGUCCGGGGUCCUGGCAUGAAAGGAAGCCAUUCACCGGUCCAGGUUCCGUUCCAGAUAGGAUGGUCCUGGAUGGAUAGGGAAGCGGAUGCUCUGGCGAAGAGCUCAACCCACUAUCACGAGUGCUGCAUCCAUGUCUACUGGAUCACGAUUUUGGAGCAGCUAAGACGCCGGAGGUGGCCGAACCAAGAGUCCUUAUAUCCUUCCAGACUCCACCACUGGGCGCUUUUCGGACUUCCUCGUGAGUACUACCGCGAGUACUACGUCUACCGUGAGGAACUCUUCGAAGGGGAGAUUCCUGAAGUGUUGAGCCCUCCUUGUUCGCACUGCGGCCACUCUGAGGUCGGAGGUGCCGUUUUGAAGGAGGGCUCGAACAUGUGCGGGUCAAACCUGAAGUUGGUUGUCACAUAG